AUGGUGAAGCUACAGCUGCCCAAUCCUGGCCUGGAGGACAGGAUACCUUCCCAUGCAGAACUUGAGGUCCUUGAGAAAGAAGAGGCAGACUCCAGACCAAAAUGGGAUAACAAGGCUCAGUAUAUGCUGACGUGCGUCGGGUUUUGUGUGGGCUUAGGAAACGUGUGGCGUUUCCCAUAUCUCUGUCAGAGCCAUGGAGGAGGAGCCUUCAUGAUCCCUUUCUUGAUUUUGCUAGUCCUGGAGGGUAUCCCCCUGCUUCAUCUUGAGUUUGCCAUCGGUCAAAGGCUGAGGAAAGGCAGUGUGGGUGUCUGGAGCUCUAUCCACCCUACCUUGAAAGGGGUUGGCAUAGCAGCAAUGUGUGUAUCCUUCCUGGUGGGUUUAUAUUACAAUACAAUUAUUGCCUGGGUAAUGUGGUACUUCUUCAACUCCUUCCAAGAGCCCCUGCCUUGGAGUAGCUGCCCUCUCAAUGCCAACAGAACAGAUUACACAGAAGAGUGUGCCAAGAGCUCUCCUGUAGAUUAUUUCUUCUACAGAGAAACGUUAAACACCUCCACUUCCAUUGAUGAUUCAGGCUCUCUACAGUGGUGGCUUUUGCUGUGCUUGACGUGUGCAUGGGGUGUACUGUACGUGUGCACGAUCAGAGGCAUUGAAACAACAGGAAAGGCUGUUUAUGUGACAUCAACCCUUCCAUACCUCGUGCUUACCAUUUUUCUAAUCCGGGGACUGACACUGAAAGGAUCAACAAAUGGAAUUGUGUUUCUCUUCACCCCUAAUGUGACCGAGCUGGCUAACCCAGUGACAUGGCUGGAUGCAGGUGCUCAGGUGUUUUACUCUUUCUCCUUGGCAUUUGGAGGCCUCAUUUCAUUUUCCAGUUACAACUCUGUUCACAACAACUGUGAGAGAGAUGCCUUGAUUAUAUCAGUGAUCAAUGGUUUCACAUCUGUCUAUGCAGCAACUGUCAUAUACUCCAUCAUUGGAUUCAGAGCCACAGAAAGAUAUGAUGACUGUUUUGACAAAAAUAUUCUUACUCUGAUGAAUGCAUUUGACUUGCCAGAAGGUAAUGUAACCCAAGACAACUUUGAACAAAUGCAGCAGCUAUGUAACACGACCGAUCCAAAUACUUUUGCCAACCUGACGUUUGAAACUUGUAAUCUGGAAAGUUUCCUGAAUGAUGGAGUUGAAGGAACUGGCCUAGCCUUUAUUGUCUUCACUGAAGCUAUCACCAAAAUGCCUGUCUCACCUUUGUGGUCCAUUCUCUUCUUCAUCAUGCUCUUCUGCUUGGGUUUGUCAUCUAUGUUUGGAAAUAUGGAAGGUGUGCUUGUACCUUUACAAGAUCUUAAGCUUAUACCCCCCAAAGUGCCUAAGGAACUGGUUACUGGUCUCAUUUGUUUGGGGUCUUACCUGAUAGCAUUCAUUUUUGUGCUGAACUCUGGUAAUUACUGGCUGGCUCUCUUUGACAAUUUUGCUGGCUCUAUUCCCCUGCUGAUAAUUGCAUUUUGUGAGACGUUUUCAGUGGUCUACAUUUAUGGAAUAGACAGGUUUAACAAGGAUAUUGAGUUCAUGAUUGGACACAAGCCCAAUAUUUUCUGGCAGAUUACCUGGAGAGUUAUCAGUCCUCUCAUUAUGUUAGUUAUCUUCUUCUUUUAUUUUGUGGUGAAAGUCAAAGAAGAGCUGCUUUACAGCGUUUGGGACCCGAGCUAUGAGGAUUUCCCCAAACCACAGAAGACUGAAUAUCCUGGCUGGGUGUAUGUAAUUAUUGUCAUCCUCGCUGGAGUGCCUAGUUUGGCCAUCCCUGUCUUUGCCACAUACAAAGCCAUCAGGGAUUGCUGUCAGAAAAGAAAUGAUUCCACAGGCCUUAUCAUCUCCUCAUCUGACACCUCUCUCAAUGGAAACUUAAAGCAUUCAGCAUAA